AUGGACCGACCAAUUCGCGAUUCGUCAGACACCUAUACUUAUGUUUCCGAUGAGGAAUCCGUUGUUUCUGAUUGUGAGAGCGGGGUUUCCGGCGGCGAGGGGCCGUUCAGCGGAGGCUUUGUGCCGGCAGGGGAUGAUGGACAUCAUGUCCAGGCUAGAUUCGUCCGGACCUUGGCCUCUAACGGGUUGAGACCCGAGGUUGUUGCGAUUGGCAAGAACGCGCAUUCCUCCGUGAUGGCGCGAGCGCGUGCUCAGUCCUUUCAAGUUUUCGCGCGUGCGGUGACGGAAUUGCGCGAUGGUCAUGCCAACGUUAGGUUCGCUUGGUACGGUGCGUCCGGUAAGGAUGAGAUAGCUGAUAUCGCCCAACAUGGUUUCGGCCACGCGCACUGUAACGGCUUGCGUCUCUCUCCACUUGAUUGCCCACUUGAAAGGCACGCUGUUAAGAGCUCCGGUGUCGACGGUGACGGUGUGAGGUACUUGUUGCUGUGUAGCGUUAUCUUGGGGAAGACGGAGGUGGUGCCACGUGGCUCCAACCAAUGCCGUUCGAGUUCUGAAGAGUAUGAUUCUGGGGUGGACGAUCUUUUGGCUCCCAAGGAGUAUGUUAUUUGGUGUAACCGGAUCAACACUCAUGUAUUGCCCGAAUACGUAUUGAGUUUCACGCUUCCUUCCUUGAAAGGGAAUGUGAAUAUUGGGAAACCUUUGAGGCCUUCUUCGCCAUGGAUGCCAUUCCCAGCUUUGGUUUCGGUGCUCUCGAAGAUUUUGCCUCCGGCUCAAGUUGCCAUCAUUGUCAAGAUACGCAAAGAUUAUACGGAAUUGAGGAUUUCUCGAUAUGAGAUGAUACAGAGAGUAAGAAAUAUAGCAGGCGACAAAUUGUUAAUUUCCAUCAUCAAAUCUUUCAGAGCCAAGAAAACACCUGCAAGCUUUAAAGCAAACAAGGGGAAAGAAGGGCAAGGGGACAGCCAGUAG